UUUCCCAACUCCCUACGGCGUCGUCCUAUCCUUUUUCGCUCGUUCCUCUCCGCUGCGAGAAUGGAGGCUUGGGCCCUUCGAUCUCUGACUCCGAUUAGUCGCGGCAACUCCCUCUCUUCCACAUUUGGGGACAAAGGAGAGCCCCAGAAGAUCUGGGUGAAGUUCUUGUGUAAAGGUUAUGCCCCUGAUAAUUUCCGCGAGAUAUCAAAGAGGAGAUUUCUUUCAGAAUUUGUGGCUCUUGGUGCUGCCGUAUUGUAUGCUAACCCAUGUCUUUCGGUGCCACUGCAAGAGGCAAAGGAUCCUGAGCUGAUCCGGUAUCAAAAGCUAAAUAGUGGUGUAAAAUUUCAAGAUAUUGUUGAAGGGGUUGGCCUGGAAGCACAAGAAGGUGAUUUGGUUGAAAUUAACUAUGUUUGCCGGCGUUCAAAUGGAUAUUAUGUGCACAGCACGGUGAACCAAUUUGAUGGCGAAAGCAGGCCUGUGGUACUCUCUCUGGAUGAAAAAGAGAUCAUAAAGGGCUUGAAAGAUGUUUUAGUUGGCAUGAAGGUUGGAGGCAAGCGUAGAGCUUUGAUACCUCCUGACAUGGGGUAUGUCAAUGAGAACUUGAAACCAAUCCCGGAUGAGUUUGGUCCAAGGAGAAGCCUUCUCUCUCAUGCAAAUGAGCCAUUAAUUUUUGAAGUUCAGCUCUUGAAAGUGCUAUAAUGUUCUCAAAAAUUAUCAGCUUUUCGAGCAGGUGCAGAGCUCUCACACCGAGGGGCAUGCUCAAGAAAAUUGUAUGGUAUAUUUUUCUUGAUCCGAAAAAUUGUUAAACAUCAUCAAAUUUGAUUCUUCUUUUCUUUUUAAUAUGUUGUUCUAUAUUAGUGUUUAUUCAGCAACAUCAUUGAAACAUAAACUUGAAUAAAUGAGAGGAGGAAACUGUUUCCCCAUUUAA